CGGUCGCCCGUAGGUGCCUGGGCGGGUCAGGGUCGCAGCGGUCAGCUGACCAGAGCGAGAGGACUAAGGAACUGCCCGGCGCCUUCGACCCGGCGCUGCUGGAGUUCUUGGUGUGCCCACUUUCCAAGAAGCCGCUCAGAUAUGAAGCAUCAACAAAUGAAUUGAUUAAUGAAGAGUUGGGAAUAGCCUAUCCAAUUAUUGAUGGGAUUCCUAAUAUGAUACCUCAGGCAGCUAGGAUGACACAUCAGAACAAGAAGAAAGAAGAUACGGAGCAGCAUUAAAUCAUAAUUAAAAACUACAUUUUAAAAACUAAAUCUUCUUAAUACUGUCUACCUUUUUAAGAAGUCAGGGUGGCAAGUAAUAAGUGGGAGAGAAGAAUGUUUCUGUCUCUUCCUACAUUGACUGUCCUUAUUCCAUUGGUCUCUUUAGCAGGACUGUUCUACUCAGCCUCUAUGGAAGAAAACUUCCCGCAGGGCUGCACGAGCACAGCCAGCCUCUGCUUUUACAGCCUGCUCUUGCCCAUUACCAUACCAGUGUAUGUGUUCUUCCACCUUUGGACUUGGAUGGGUAUUAAACUCUUCAGGCAUAACUAAUGCAACCAGAGUCAAGAUGGUAUAUACAUUAAUAAUAAGUCUUGAGCAUCUGUCUCUGAAAGCUCAACUACAUGGAAAUACUGGAAACCAACUUAAUUUUCAGGAAAAGAUCCUAUACCUUGCUUCUGUCAAAGGUUUAGAGCUAUGGGAGGCUUAAGCUGCAGAAACUUCUUUAGUAUACUUUGGUUCUGCUCUUAUUUAUUGAAAGUUCUAAUUCAUAACUGCUGUAUCAGAAGCAAUUCAACACUGUGGCUUGUUGGAAAUGAACAACUCUAACCAUCAUCUAAUGACUUUAUUUCAUUUCCCUUUCAUCUAAAAGUUAAUAAUUUGAAAUUUUAUGUUUGUUUUAGAAACUCUGGUGAAGUCACAUGUUACAGAUAACUGAAAUAAUUCCAAAGGACCUGUGUUGCAGCAGUUGUAAAGAAAUGCAUUGGAACUACUGUGAUAUAAAACUAUAAUAAAAUGGAAAUUUCAUGAA